AUGAAAAGAUUCUUUUGGCUCUCUUUUACUCUCUUAGCAAUGGAAAUUAAUUGUAUUAUUGGCUCAUCAAUAUUUCAUCCAGUAAGCGUCAUGAAGAUGGCAUUCUUAGGCUUGAAAUAAAAUAAUCAAGAAAUUUAGGAAUUAAAAGAAACCCCUUGCUCAGUUUCCUUUAACAAAAUGCUUUAAAAUUCUACUCAGAAGGAAUUGCUAUAAAUAUGGAUCUGCUCUGGUAAGAGCUUCGAUGAUUUAGGCAACUAUGAGCAAUGUGAAUAUGAGCCUACACUUAAAUAUGCUCUAAUGACUUUAAGAAGUGAAACUGGCACUCGAAUAAUCACAUAAAUGGGUCUAUGUGUGCCGGCUGAAUGCACAGCAGAGGAUCUCUAAUCUCUAGACAAAAUAAUUAAGAAAACAUAUGUUGCUUCAGGCUGGAUUGAAAAUCCUACUUCCCCUCAUUACUCUUUCACAUCCUAAGAAUAUCGAGACUUAUAUCAAGAUUUGGCCAGGCCAGGCUUUAUCAUAACAGUUUUACUUAUUCUACUACUUAUAGGUCUAUCAAUAUUUGGAUCUUUUGUAGAAAGAACUUAAAUUGGAGACAAGAAACAAAAUCAGAACUCGAUGGUAGAAGCAAUUGAAAGUGAGGAUUUUAAUUAGGUUUCACUAGAAUACAAGAAAGAAAAGUGGGCAAUUUUUAUUUACUCAUUCUCAGUGACUCGAAAUUUCAAGGAAAUAUUUUUUAGACCUAGCAAAUCUAUCAAAGACAAAAAAUUUCAAGUAUUCAACGGGAUCAGAGUAUUUAUGAUGACUUGGAUUAUCUUGGGACAUUGUUACUUUGUUGGAUCAGUUUUUGGAAUAACUAAUUAUAAACUAAAGCAAGCUAUUCUUGACAAAUUUCUUGGUUAAAUAAUCGUGAGUUCUGACAUGGCAGUAUCAUUUUUCUACUUUUAGUCCUCAUUUAUUUGCAUGUUCUCAUUGAUCAAGAGAUUCUAAAGAGAUUGCCAGUAAAAUUUCGAUACGAAUAGAGAAACUGCAAUUUAGCUUUCAGAUGAGCAGCAGCAGAAUAUUCCUAAAUUGAAUAUUAAAACCUUGAUCAAAUUAAUUUUUGCCAGAUGGCUAAGACUUUCAUUUCCGACAUAUUUACUAGUUUUAUUCACUGCUUUCCUAUUCAAAUAACUGGGUACAGGGCCAGCUUUCCCUUAUAUAUAAAAGCACAAUAUGCAAGAUGGACUUGACAAUUAUUGGUGGACAUUUUUAGUAUUUAUACAAAAUUUAUAUCCCUGGACAGAUUCAACAGGCAUGUAUUGGUAUUUUUUCCUUGCAAAUGAUCUUCAAUUUUAUAUUUUUGUUCUAAUUCCAUCAGUUUAUAUGUAUCAGAAGAAAAAUAUGAGAAAAGUAGUUAUGGUUUAUCUGGUUUUACUAGUGCUGCUUACUUGCUUUUUCAGGUUAAGUAUCACUAUUGAUCAGGGUUAUUCUUCAAUAAUUAUUAUUGAGCAUAACGUAAUGUUUAAUGAUUUACUGAAAAGACCUUGGAGUAAUGUAGGAUUUUACGCUUGUGGUAUAAUUACUUGCAUCUUUUACUAUGAAUACUCACUCGCUAUAUCCAACAGAAGCCUGAGAAAAAGAAGUUCUUAUAUCUUUAUGGAUUAUAUUGGAAAAACCAGAUCUAGAUCCUUGAAAACUUAGUUUACAGGUGGAUUUCUUAUGUUUUUUGUAGUGUUUAUCAGAUAUUCAUCUUUUGGAAUGAAUGAACCAAGUGCUGAAAAUACUGACUACGGCAGAUGGCCAAUAAUUCUAAAUGCUUUUUUCAAUGCUUUUGCUCAUUAUCUAUUUAUUUUCUCAGUUAUUUUGAUUAUUCUGCCAAUAUUUAUUGGAAAAUUAUCGGUAAUAAGAGAUAUAUUUGGAGCUGAUUUCUUCAGACCACUAUCGAGAAUAAGUUUUUCUGUAUACUAAAUCUCUGGACUUUCUUUAUUUUUACUAUUUUUUAGUUAAGAUUAGCACGUAUACUAUGAUAACUAAAGCAUGAUUUUUAUAUUUUUCGCACUUGUUUUAAAUAUAUAUCUUAUUUCCUUCUUCGUGGCUAUUUUUUUUGAGUACCCUUUUAGAACUCUGUCUAGUUUGCUACUAUAACCAUCAAUUAAGAUUAUAAGACUAAAAAGUGAUUUAGCAAAAGAGCUAGAUAUUGAUGGAUAAUACACCGAAACUGAGGAAAGCUAAAUGGGGUAGAGUUAGAGUAGACAUAGUAGUGGAGAAUAAUUCAAAGAUAGAGAUAAUUUCAGUGUGAAUUCAGAUUCAAAUAAAGAUAGUUUAAAUUCGAAGCUAAAUUAAGACGAGUUAUUCCAAAAAGCAAAACUGAAAUUAAGAGUAAAUGACUACAAAAAUAAGAGACUAACAAAAAUUAACGAGAUUGAUGAAUUAAGUAAUUAUGAUUAUUCACCAACUCCUUAGCACAACAGUGUUAUUAGGAAAGAUGAUUGA